AUGAUGAUUGAUUUGUUAGCGUUGUUACCAUUUGAGACUGAUGGCCAAAACGCAAAUGCUAGAACCCAGAUUUCUGAGUGCGAACACACUUUCUUACCUUCAAACAAACGUCUUCUUUCAUGCUCCAAGAGGCACCCUCUGCUCCAUGGAAUCCGGUGCCGUGGAGAAAAGUGGGUGUCGGAGAUCCGGGAGCCACGAAAGCCGUCUAUUAUAUGGCCCGGUACGUUCGCGUCGCCGGAGAUGGCAGUGGUCGCUUAUGAUGUGGCGGUGUUAGCCUUGAAAGGCAAGGAUGCUGUUCUCAACUGGCCUGAGUUGGCCGAAAGGUAUCCGGUGCCGGUUUCCACCUCCGCUCCACAUAUCCGCCAGGCCGCGGCGGCGUCGGCUUCGCUGGUGAACGCUGAACCCAUUUCCAACGUCAUCAGCAACAUCUCAUCAAUCUCGUCAACUUGGUCUGGAACGGUUCAUCAAUUUGUGGACGAGGAUGCUAUUUUCGGCACGCCUGGUUUGCUCUUAGACAUGGCAGAAGGAAUGUUGUUGUCCCCUCCAAGAAUCACACCCCCAUCUUCUGACAACUUGCCUGCAGAUUGUUUGUGGAACUACUUUUAA